GUCGCUCGGGCGCAUGUUCAGUGGCCUGGCGCAGUGCGGUUGCUGGGGCUGCUUCGAUGAGUUCAACCGAAUCGAUGUCUCGGUGCUGUCUGUCGUCGCCGUGCAGAUCAUGACCAUCCAGAAUGCCUUGAAGGAGGAGAAGGAGAAGUUCAUGUUCGAGGACAUCCUCAUCAGCUUGAAGCGAACUUGUGCCGUUUUCAUCACCAUGAACCCCGGCUACGCGGGACGAUCAGAGCUUCCAGAUAACCUGAAGGCCCUGUUCCGACCUGUGGCGAUGAUGGUCCCCGACUUGGCCAUGAUCAUGGAAAUCAUGCUGGUCUCGGAAGGCUUCAAAGACUUCAAGAUGCUUGCAAAGAAGAAGUUCACGCUCUACCAGAUGAUGUUGCAGCAGAUGUCGAAGCAGCAUCACUACGACUUCGGCCUCCGAAACAUCAAGUCCGUCCUGGGCUGCGCUGGGGCUUUGAAGCGCAAGGCCGACCCGGACACACCCGAGCAGAUCUUGCUCAUGCGUGCUAUCAACGACAUGAACGCGCCCAAAUGGGUUUCGCAGGAUGUACCACUCUAUGAAGCGCUUCUGAGCGACAUCUUCCCAGGGGUCGAGCUGCCGAUUCCGAACUAUGGCAAGCUGGAAGAAGUCAUCAACCAGGUUCUGGAAGAGAUGGGCUGCCAGAAGGUGAAGCACUCUGUGGCCAAGUGCAUCAGCAUCUACGAGACGAAAAUCACCCGCCACGGCAACAUGUUGGUUGGCGGAACUCUGGGCGGCAAGAGCGUUUGCUGGAAAGCCCUUGCCAAGGCGAAAUGCAUCCUCAAGUCCAUGGGCCAGGAAGGUAUGGAGAAGGUAAUCUUCGAGAUUAUCAAUCCCAAGUCGAUUACCAUGGGCGAGCUCUACGGCCAAUAUGAUGAGGCAACGAUGAUGGAGUGGACCGACGGCGUGCUGUCCUCCAUCAUGCGCCGGAUGUGCCAGGAUGAGAAGCCUGACGAGAAGUGGCUUUUGCUGGACGGCCCAGUAGACACGCUGUGGAUCGAGUCCAUGCGACCUUGCCUCAAUUAG